ACACACACAGAUAGAGAGAGAAAAACAGAAAGCUAGAGAGAUAGAGAGAGACAGCAGGAGAGAGUAUGCAUCGUUCUGUGCAGUGAAGAUUCUGUCUGUGUUUCAUUUCCUCGUUUAAUCCUCCAGACUUCAGAUGAAAACAUGCAAAGCAGAAGGGUGGUCACAGAGAUCCCACAGCGAUUCUGUAGCACACUCCACAGAGAGCAAGAGAGAUAAACACCAGGAGCUGCUGUACACAUCUACAUGAGAGCUGAUGUUCACACACACACACCAUGAAGAAGAUCUACAUCGGCAAAACCGGCCUGAAAAGCUCACGGGCCGGCUGUAAGCACCAGAAGAAAAGCUCUCUACAGGAGCAGAAGGAGGAUCUGAGGAAGCGUUUGUCCUUCACCACUCAGAAGCUGGAGCUGUUAGAGAGUGAGUUUGACUCCACGAGGCAGUACCUCGAGACCGAACUGCGCAGAGCUCAAGAGGAACUCGACAAGUUCACUGAUAAACUGAGGAGAAUACAGAGCAGUUAUUCAGCGUUACAGAGGAUUAAUCAGGACCUGGAGGACAAAAUUCACAGAACUUCUCAACAUCAUGACGAUGAGAAGCGAGCGCUCAGUCAUGAGAUUAUUGUCCUUAACACACACCUGAUGGAGGCAAAGAUCACCAUCGAGAAGCUUAAAGAGGACAAUGAUAUAUACAGGAAGGACUGCAACCUGGCAGCUCAGCUCCUGCAGUGUAAUCAGUCUCAGUACAGAGCUCAGCUCUCUGAGUUGCCAGCAGAUUUUCUGGAGCGUCUGAGCCUGCACAUCGAGGAUUCCUCACCGAUCUGUCGCUCGCCAUAUUCCGACCCCAUUCCCUCCUCUGUCAUGGCUAAUGUUUUGGAGAAACCAGAGGAAGCGUCACGUUCUCCAAGUCCAACACGUCACGAGCUCCAUGAGCCUCACGAGCACCCAGGCUUCCUGAUUGGCACACCUGUGAGCGGAGACGAGCGUCUGGGUCUAGGUUUGAGGGGCGUGGCUAAGUGUGAUGUUUACAGCAGUGACACGGCGCUGUACUGCCCAGACGAGCGGCGGCGCGAGCGCAGGCCCAGUGUUGACCUGCACCGCUUCCCUCAUUUUAACACCUCUGUGGGUGGAGCCUCCAGCUCCUACUCCAGUUUUAGUGGGGGCGGGUCUGAAGAAAAAGGGGCCGAGCCUCCUUAUAGCACCACCUCCUCGCCUCAACACCAUGGGAUCUACAUGGAGUGGAGAGACGGUGUUGAGUAUGAGCACAAAAGUGACGAUUCCUGGGAAAGAGAAAGUCCGAGUGCCUUCAGUGCGUCUCACGCUUACCAAAAUGGCGGCUCUCCUCUCUACAGUGGUGCAAUGUCAUGCUACAGUGAGCCAUACGAGCCCCUCCCACCAUCCACCUCACCCAGCGUCAACUACGGUGACAGUCGGCGUGGCAGUGCUCUGGUGCCAGAAGAGGAGGAGGAGCCAGAGGAGGAGCAGGAGGUGCUGAUUGGCCGAUGGAGGCGGUUGAGUGUAGAGGACGUCAGCGCUCAUUCGUUCUGCAGCGCCGGACGCGCUUCACCAUACAGCUUCUCCGAGCAGCACUUCUCCGUCCGACCCGCCAAGAUCCGGCUUGGCCCGCUCUACAGCAGCUUCCAGGAGGGAAGUGACGCCUAUCGGCACCACGGCACCACCCUGCUGGAUCCAUUCUCCAGUGCUGAUCUCCGGAAUACACACUUGUACAGCACAGAGGACGAGAACCAGGAGGUGGAGCAGCAGGUGGCUGGACUUGAGCAACAAUAUGAGGACGAGGAGGUGGACGUGAGUCCCACCAGCUCCAAUGAGUCACUGGAAAUCGGAUCCAUGGAAAUUGGUGCUGAGCUGCAGUCGUUUCAGCCGGACCGGAUUAGCGCCUCUCCUCAGGAAACGAGUUCUCCUCAGAAUCAGGCAGCAUCACAGUACCAAACGUUCACCACUCUGGGCCUGACGAGGAAGGACAGCCUAACGAAAGCGCAGCUCUAUGGCACUCUGCUCAACUGAGGACCCUGUGAGGUUCCUCAAAUACACUGGAAACCUUAUUUAACACAGAACAAAAUGUUUACUUAACGAGAAGGACCUCAGCAGAGAUCUGCUCCACUUUAUUCUGAUCAUCUGAGGACCUGAUCUCACUUUAUUCAGUUCGGGCCACACGUCUGAGUGCGCUACUGAGAACCGUUAUAACGUGUGAUGCGUAUUAUUGUUUCUACUGAUUUCAGCCAAUCAGAACGCACAAUUUUGGAAUUAUGUUAUUAAAACUAGGGCUACAUUAAUAAAAAAAAUGUAUCAGUCUUUUAGUAAAGUUGUGCGUAAAUGUUUUCGUGGCCAAAUCCAACUAAAUAUUCCCACCAGAUUUACAAAAGUUUCGCUGACUGUGUUCAUACGCAUGCGUGUAUGUUGAUGAACACUAAGCAGCUGUAAAUUACGAUUUUGAAGUUACGAAGCACAUUUACAACACAGCUAAUUUACCACGCCCACACAAUGACAAAAUGACAAAAUGGUGGCUAAACAGUGAAUGUUCCAUUAAUGCAGCUCAGCCACUGCAGCGCGUCAGCUAACACUAAUACUCUGUCUUUUAUAGUCAUUACUUUUGUCCUAAACGAAUGGCUCGUCUUAGUCGUGUUAAUUUAUCAAUUUGUUUUGGAAUCGCUUUCUUUAAGGUCACUAAUAUGAAGUGAGUUUCAGGAAAUGUUUAUUAAACCGGUGUGUAACUGUUUAAACUCGACAGUGGAGUGUAGAUAUAAACACCAUGUUUCUUGUGUAAAGGCUUUUAUCAACCGUUUAAGAUUAAAGUUGUUCGUAUACAAUGUGAUAAACGAGGCCCAAUAUGGGUAUAAGAAGUUAAGUAGCGUAAUGCUGAAACAGUUUACUGUGUAACUCCACCCCCUAGCCCCGCCCAUGAAAACCAGGCAGACCCAAACGCAUUGCUGUAACUGUCAGGUGAGGGACCGCGCUCCAUCACCGUGAUUCACCAGUGAUCAGAUUUCCAAAACUGGCAAGUUUGGCGUUGGGGGUGAAGAGCCCUUAAGCGCGUGUCUAUAACACAUCCAAAACCAACCAACGACUUGUUUGCAUGCCGAUACACCAACCUUCAUGACAUCACUUCUGUGCUUGGUGUAAAAAGUCAGUGAGUGAAUCAGAUCGUUGCCGAGCGUUUCAGAUUGAGGUCCGUGUGAUAUUAUCCGAUCAGAAGGCCUCUCGGUGGUGCACUCAGACUAUUUUCUGACCCGACUGUGUGUUCUCUCUGUGUUUCUACUCAGUGUUGUUUUCUACAGUGGAGACGAAGUCAUGAUGAUGUUCUAUGGUUGAUAUGAAGCUUGGACAUUUCCACAGCAGAAUUAAUGCUUGUGAACGCUACUUAUUUCA